AUUUAAAGUCUUGAUCAUAACAGAGUUUCUGAAGUUUUUUUUCUCUCUUAUUCUUUUUGUAAUUUCCCAUUUUCCAGCGCGUUUUUCUGUCUCGCCGAUGGUUAAAGGAUUCUGUGUUGACUUGAAGGGCUAUGGCGAGUAAAGGCGGCAGAUCAAAGGGUUCAUCAUGGUUAACUCCAACCUUAGACGACUUUGGAUUAGCAUCUUCGACCCUGAGUGAGAGGAAGCCAAGGAAGCGACCCAGAGAAGCCGAGAUCUUUAGUCAGUGCGGGAAGAAAGUACAACAGGGAGGAACCGCGCUCUGGGUUGAACUGUACGCACCAACGACUCGAGAUGACUUGGCUGUCCACAAGAAGAAAGUCCAAGAGGUGGAGAACUGGCUGGUGGAGAGCAUGGCUGGGAUGAAGGGCCGUAGGUUUCUUCUCUUGACGGGUCCUGCAGGCUGCGGAAAAACGGCCACAAUAAAGAUAUUAGCAAGAGAGGCAGGGUUCACGACACAGGAAUGGAUCAACCCGACGUCAACGAGUUACAAGUCCUCUUUCGCGGAUCAAGAAAAUACAUGGAUCCCCGGGGACACUGUCGUCCCUGGUAGCCAGACGUCUCAAUUCCGAGAUUUCCUCAUUCGGACGAGCAAAUACAGGAGCGUGUGCGGGACGGGAAAGGCCGGAAAUAUCAUCCUGAUUGAAGACUUCCCAAACGCCUUCCUACGAGAUCCUUCCGAGUUUCACAUGAUGCUCAGACAAUAUAAAGGCAGCAGCCCCGUUGUAUUCAUCAUGACGGACUCUACCAAUCAGCAGAGCAGCGCCAAGCAUGUAUUCCCCGUCAAUCUUCAGCAGGACCUUUCCAUCAUAAAUAUUCAAUUCAAUCCCAUUGCAAGUAGUUUGCUGGUGAAAGCCUUGAGUCGUAUUGCAAGUAUGGAGAGUGUCUGCUCAGGACAGCCUGUGCCCCCCAAAGAAGCCCUCCAGACUUUGGCCGAUGCGUCUGGAGGAGACGUGAGAAGCGCAGUUAAUGCCCUUCAGUUUGCUGCGAAGAAAGAUGUUUACCAUAUUCAAGACUUGUUUGCUGGAGGGUCUGAUAAGGGAAAAUCAAAAGCUUCUAUUAAGACGCAAAGAAAGGCAAAAGGGACCAAAACUUCAUCAUCAAAAGCAGGCGAUGCCGACUCUGAAAAUCUCAUAGCCGUAGGAGGAAAAGAUGCCUCACUUUUUCUCUUCAGAGCCUUAGGAAAAGUUUUGUAUUGUAAACGUAACCAAGAAGGUGCAGUAGACCCUCUGCCUAAGCACCUGAAGUCAGAAGAACGGUUACCAUUGCAAGAAAACCCAGAGAGUAUUUACGACAAAACCUCAAUGGGAGCAACGAGUUUCAGCCUCUUCCUGCACCAGAAUUGCUUGGCCUUCUAUUCCAGCAUAGACAACUUAGGGAAAGCAUUGCAUCAUCUAACAGAUUCGGAUAUUCUGUCUGCGGAGUGGACAGGGAAAAACAUUCUGGAAGAUUAUGCUGCAUCUGUAACUGUGCGAGGUUUGAUGCAUGCAAACCAUGCAGAACAGACGGGCAGUAGAUGGAGGCCGCUGACAAGACCAGUGUGGUACAGUGUCGCAAAGAAAAGCCAAGAGCACAUGUCAGUGUUAAGAGCCGAACACCGAAUGGCCUCGUUCACAACUGUGGUCGUCCCAUUGCAAGCAAAGAUCUUUUCAGCCACCAGGAGAGGUCAGUUCUCCUUGACAAGGGAAAUCGGCUCCUUCUCAAACAUCCAGAUGAAGAAUUCCUCAGGGGAUCAGUUAGACGAGCAUGACGCCAAUUCAUCGGUCGUAGAGGAUGAGGAGUCAGAGCAAACAGGAGGAACGGGGAAUGAUGAUAAAGAGAACAAAGACGCAGAAGUCGAUCUGUUGGAAAACCAAGAGGCCAGCGAUCCUGACGAAGACUUCAGAAUUGACGAAUUUGACGAUGAUUGA